AUGAGUCUGGAUGAGGAUGCACGCUGGCUGGAGUGGGUCACCAAGCAGUUUGAGAGCAUCGCGGGAGAAGACAAAGAAAUUGACCUGGAGGAGUUCAAAACGGCCCUCAAGGUCAAGGAGUCUUUCUUUGCGGAGCGGUUCUUUGCGCUGUUUGACUCUGACGGUAGCAAAACCAUCAGUCUGGAUGAGCUGCUGGAGGCUCUGGACCUGCUGAUCCAUGGCAGCGAGACGGACAAGCUCCGCUUCCUCUUCCAGGUCUAUGACGUCGAUGCUGCCUAUAUUUUCAUCACCUUGCAACAGACUAUUGACAAGGAUUUCUCUUGGCCUGCAGGCAGUGGCUCGAUUGACCCAGACGAGCUGCGCACGGUGCUCAAGUCGUGCCUGCGCGAGAGCGCCAUCUCCCUGCCAGAGGAGAAGCUGGACGACCUGACCCUGGCUCUGUUCGAGUCGGCUGACAAGGACAACAGCGGCUCCAUCACCUUCGAGGAGCUCAAGGCCGAGCUGGAGAACUUCCCCGAGGUUAUGGAGAACCUCACCAUCAGCGCUGCCAACUGGCUGAAGCCUCCCGGCCUGGAGCAGAAGAAGGGGCGGCAUACCCCUCGCUACCUGACGCCGGCGUACUGGCACAACAACAGCCGGAAGCUCCUCUUUCUGUGCGCCUACACUUGCCUCAACCUGCUGCUGUUCAUCACCGCCAUGCUGAAGAACGCAGAGGGGGGGUUCUGGUACAUGGUGGCCAAGGGCUGCGGCCAGUGCCUCAACUUUAACUGUACCUUUGUCAUGGUGCUAAUGCUGCGCCGCUGUUUGACCUGGCUGCGGGCCACUUGGGUGGUGAGGGUGCUGCCUCUGGACCAGAACAUCCUGCUGCAUCAGAUGGUGGGCUACGCCAUUGUCACGUUCUCCACCGUGCACACCACUGCCCACUUCAUGAACUUUGUACACCUAUCUCAGAACAGCAGCUACAGCCUGUGGGAGCACCUUUUCACUACCCGGCCAGGGAUUGGCUGGGUGCAGGGCUCUGCAUCCCUUACCGGCAUGGUGCUACAGAUCAUGAUCUGUCUAAUGGUGGUCUGUUCCAGCACCUUUGUCCGCCGCAGCGGACAUUUUGAGGUGUUCUACUGGUCCCACCUGUCCUAUGUGUGGGUGUGGGCUUUGCUGGUGGUGCACUGUGCCAACUUCUGGAAGUGGUUUGUGGUGCCUGGUGUGAUCUUCCUGCUGGAGAAACUAGUGGGCGUUGCUGUUUCUCACAUGGGAGGCCUCUACAUCGUGGAAGUCAACCUGCUGCCAUCUAAGGUGACCCAUCUGGUAAUCAAGCGGCCCCAGUUUUUCCACUUCAAACCAGGGGACUAUGUUUACAUCAACAUUCCAGACAUCGCAAAGUAUGAGUGGCAUCCUUUCACCAUCAGCAGUGCCCCAGAGCAGCCAGAUACUCUGUGGUUGCAUAUCCGCUCCAUGGGCCAGUGGACCAAUCGUCUGUAUGAGUACUUCAGGCAGCCAGACAGCCAGGUGGUCAGCACCAAGAGACUGAGCGCCAGCCUGAAGGACAGACGGCACCAGAGGAGGGCCCAGACCACAGCCAAGCUUAGUGAAAACCACAGGUUCUGCAACGUCAAAUGCUUCGUGGAUGGGCCCUAUGGGACUCCGACGAGACAGAUCUUUGCCUCUGAACAUGCGGUGUUAAUCGGUGCCGGUAUCGGGAUCACGCCUUUCGCCUCCAUCUUACAGAGCAUCAUGUACCACUAUCGCAUGAGGAAACAGAACUGUCCCAACUGCAGCUACUCGUGGUGUGAGAACAUCAAGGACAGUGAGAUGAAACUGAGGAAGGUUGACUUUAUCUGGAUCAACAGAGACCAGAAAUCAUUUGAGUGGUUUGUGAGCCUCCUGACCAAACUGGAGAUGGAUCAGGCUGACGAAGAGCCAGAGGGCCGCUUCUUGGAGAUGCACAUGUACAUGACCUCUGCCCUCAGCAAGAAUGACAUGAAGGCCAUCGGCCUGCAGAUGGCACUAGACCUCCUGGCCAAGAAGGAAAAGAGGGAUUCCAUCACUGGCCUUCGCACCCGCACACAGCCAGGGAGGCCAGAGUGGGGGAAGGUGUUCCAGAAAGUGGCAGAGGAGAAGAAAGGGAAGGUUCAUGUGUUCUACUGUGGAGCCCCUGCACUGGCUAAACUCAUCAAGGCCCAGUGUGAGCACUUUGGAUUCAACUUCUACAAGGAGAACUUUUGA